AUGGCCGCGGCGGUGGAGGCGGGGGGCUUCUUCCUGGGCACGCUGGGCUGGGGGCUGCUGGGGGUGACGCUGCCCAACAGCUACUGGCGGGUGUCCACGGUGGAUGGGAGCGUGAUCACCACCUCCACCCUCUUCGAGAACCUCUGGCAGAGCUGCGCCACCGACUCCACCGGCGUCUACAACUGCCGGGAGUUCCCCUCCAUGCUGGCGCUGUCCGGCUACCUGCAGGCCUGCCGGGCCCUGAUGAUCACGGCCCUGCUGCUCGGCUGCCUGGCCGCCCUCUGCGCCGUGGUGGGGAUGAAAUGCACCAAGGUGGCGGACGGGAACCCCGAGGCCAAGGGAAAGAUGGCAGCUGCCGGGGGCUGCAUGUUCAUCCUGGCGGGGCUGUGUGGGAUGGUGGCGCUCUCCUGGUACGCCUUCAACAUCACCCGGGACUUCUUCGACCCCCUCUUCCCCGGCACCAAGUACGAGAUCGGCCCGGCCCUGUACCUGGGCUGGAGUGGGUCCCUGCUGGCCAUCGUUGGGGGGGGCUGCCUGCUGGGCUCCUGCUGCGCCCGCUCCUCGCGGGACAAGAGCUUCAGCUACCCCUACAGCGCCCCCAGGGCUGGCCCCCAGCGCCCGCGCCGAGGCUCGGACGCCAGCAGCGUCGGCAACUACGGCAAGAACGCCUACGUUUAGGUGUGGGGACCGGGGGACCCAUUGCAACCCCCCACUCCGAUCCCUACUCCCACCCUGCACCGGACUCGGCGGCCGGCGUCGCCGCGUUCCCACCCCCUGCGGCCCUGGGACGGGGGCAGGAUUGUUCGACACCCGGCAAGGCCAGAAGAUGCCGGUCAAUCACCCAGGGGUGACGCGCCCCGGGGCUGCAGCAGAAGGCAAAAAACAAACCCCACACAAUGUCCCUGCUAAUCUGACUUGGGGGGGGGGGGGGGGGCGGAAAAGUCCUUCCUGACCCCCAAUCCGGGGAUCGGUUGGACCCGGACCAUGGGAGCAGCCAGGCACUUAGAAAGAGGGGUCCCUGGCCCCACGCCGCCGGCGUCUCAUCUCCAGUCGUGGCCGAGCCCUGAUGCACCAGAGAAAGCUGGAAAAAACACCCAGCGAGAUGCACCCGGCAAGAGGUGGAGGGGGCAGAAAUCUUCCUGACCCUCCAAACAACCAGGC